UUUAAAAUGACAUUGAUUUCCAGGUGCCAAUUUCAGGCCUUAGGUACCUAUAGACAACUGCUUGAUAAAGUUUAAAUUUUAAUAAAUUUCGUUCAAUUUGAUUUUUCUGUACAAUUAUGCGAAAAUAAGAUUUGGUGGGUUGAUUUAUUCUGAUUUUAUUUGGUGUGAGUGUUUUGGUUCGUUUUUUGGGUAAAAAUGACCGUGCACCUGUUCCGUCUAAAUUUCCGCCUCAAAAACAAGGCAAGCACUACUUUUUAUAUUUAAUAUUUUCGCCCUUUAAAUUUGUAAUUUUAAACACCGCCGUCACUUUUUUCGCCAAUUUCACUAAAUCUCUCGUGACCUGGAUUUAACUUAAUUCUCCGACUUCCACUGGUUAUUUGUGCAAAAAAUUCAUUUUUAACUCUCUGGUGGAUUUAUUUUUAAUUUUUAAAUUUUUUCGCGAGGUUUAGGGAUUGUCGUGGGUGUGUGUUUGUUUACGCUGAUUUAGGGCCAAAUUGACUUUUUUACCCCUUUUUCGCCCUAGUUUUAUGCUUUAAAUUUAGUAAUGUAUUUUACCUCUCUAGGCUAGACACGGCAAACUCUUAGACGCCCCUUCCAGCCCUGUGCGUUUCUGUACUUCUCUCUCAAUUUUAGACAUUUUUUAUUCUAUCAAGUUUCAAAUUAAGUUUUUUGCCGCUUCUCUAAAUUUACCUCUAUUUUUUAGUCUCAGGUUCUAAAGUUUUUCCUCAAUGUAACACAUUUUCUUAAUAUUUAAACUUUCAAUCACAUUUAACCUUUUAAUCACAUUUUAACUUUUAAUCACAUUUUAACGCAGUUUUACACAUUUUAACGCAGUCAAAUUUUAACAUUUUUAACGCAGUCAAAUUACAACGCAGUAACAAACUACAACUAAGCCACCCUCAGUAUAAUAAAUAACUCAAAAUUAAACGUAGUAACUCAAAAUUAAACGUAGUAACACAAAAUUAAACGUAGUAACACAAAAUUAAACGUAGUAACACAAAAUUAAACUGAGUGAAUCAGGAUAAGAUUUAAAUUUUAAGUGGGAUGAAGUUUAUUUACAGGUUAGACAGUGUGGGUUCACCGGUUUUCGGCUCUAGUGAGACUUUUGAGAUGGAACUUGAGGAUGCAAACGCGGUAAGACCUGACCAAACCACCGUUUUAGACACGCUAAUGACGCCUCUUAACACGCAGCUGUCAGACCAAACGAAUUUAAAACCGCUCGACACUGAGGAUUUAACCUCCGCCAACGCUCACUACACUCUCGAAGACUUUUUCAACUCCUACUCACAGAACACUCAACGUGAUUCCUACUCACAGAAUACUCAACGUGAUUCCUACUCACAGAACACUCAACGUUAUUCCUACUCACAGAAUACUCAACGUGAUUCCCACACUCAGGGUAAUAUUUAUGGCCACGGCAACUAUAGUAACGGGAAUAUCUGUAGGAACGAGAGUAUUGACGAUGUGUGUGAGGCUGGGUUUGACUUUUCGAAGUUGUUUACAUCUGAUGAGUCACCAAUUGAGAACUCUUUUCAGUCUCUGAUUGACUUGGUCAGGUGCGAAAUUCCCUCCAAUCUCUCCUCCAUUGAUCCCAACUUCAAGCCUGAUCCAGCUCCUCUCGACACUAUUAACUUGAGCCAGCUAAGUGACGUGGAACAGACCGACUCUGUACCCAAAGUCGACCCUCACAAGACACGCAAAAGUAAGAGGAAACGCUCACACUUUUCCAAAUCCCUCAGACCCAAAACUCUCAACACAAAUAGUGUAGCCAAUGUAAAUAGUGUGAACAGUGUAAAUAGUGUAAACAGUGUGAAUGGCGUGAAAUCCCCGAGUGCUGUUGGUGAGGUGCAUAAGAAGAGGAGAGAGAUGGUGAAUAGUAGGCGGAUAGAUUAUGGAAUAAACGACACUGUGGAGAAUAUUUACGACUUGGAGUGGCAUCCGGGGUUUACGAGGCACUUGGGCGCCAAGGGCCGAAGUGCACUGUUGGAGCUUGUGAGGAAAGUUUACAGGCAGGAUCCAGAGCAUUAUAAAGCCAUUUUACAGUCUAGAAACUCACCUUCUUCUAUUAGCAGUUUACCUUUCUAUAGUAUCCCUAUGCUCUGGGAACUUGCACAUCAAUUUGGCAUUUUUAAGCAGGCGCUAACUGUUUAUAAAACGCAUUGCUUCUCCAAAUCAAAAUCCAAGUCACACGCCUUUAAAAAUGCUUCGUCCGCUUCAACUUCCGUUUCGGGGUCAGGCACCGGAUCAAUGACGGGUUCAGUCACGGGUUCACUCACGGGUUCGCUCAGUGGUUCAGGUUCGGCUUCAGUAUCUGGGUCUGUGGGAUCAGAUUCUGAGAGUUUGGACUCUGAAGUUCAGUCAACAGUGAAAAGAGCACCAAUGACAACAAUGUCCGGCCGUCUAAUUAAACGCUCUAAAAAGAUUCUAGAAUCUGCAGAUCUGGACACCCCUGAGCUCGGCUUAAAAGUUGAGCCCAGCCCAGUUACUGUGGAUCCCACAAAUGCAUCUAAGCUGGACUCCACUAAUUUGACCUUGAAAGUGGAUUUACUCGAUAACAAAGCUAAUGAUCAAGAUUUGGUUAGUUCAGAGUUGGAGACUCCAAAGAGAGUGUUGAAGACUCCAAAGAGAGAGUUGGAGACUCCCAAGAGGGUGUUGGAGACUCCCAAGAGGGUGUUGGAGUCUGGUGCGAGAUCGAAUUCUUGGAGUCCAAGUCCGAGUAACACUCUCAACUGUGCCAACAACUUCAACGAAUCACCACUCACCUCACUUAAACGCAUCCCCGUCUAAUCUCAUCACACUAGA